UCGCGAGCACGUGAACAUAGCCCGAGACGCACCUGUGAGAGGGUUUAUUGAAUGCGGUCCAGCGGGUCCUUUUUAAUUACUAUUUUUCAUUUUUAUUGCUUUUCUUCUUUGAAGCCUUCAAUUCAGGAAACGGAUUUCUUAUUGAACACUUGAGCGCCGGAAUUACAGCUGAACUUGUGAAGGCUUUAAAAGAUGGAAUUAAACAAUAUAAAGUCUUCAGUUUCUCUCAUGUAUGAUGGCUUCAUCCGGAAUGCAGACUCUCGUACAGAAAACUGGUUGCUCAUGUCAUCCCCCGCUCAGCAGAGCAUCAUCAUAUUGGCGUACAUCUUUUUUGUUAUGUCGCUUGGCCCUCGCAUCAUGGAGAAUCGCAAAGCCUUUGACCUGAAAGGAGUCUUGGUGGUGUACAACUUUGGUGUGGUGGCACUGUCACUCUACAUGAGCUAUGAGUUUGUCAUGUCAGGCUGGGGAACGGGAUACUCCUUUCACUGUGACAUAGUGGACUACUCGGAGUCGCCGCAAGCUAUGAGGAUGGCGGCAACAUGCUGGCUUUACUACUUCUCAAAGUUCAUUGAAAUGCUGGACACAGUGUUCUUUGUGUUGAGGAAGAAAAACAAGCAAGUGACAUUUCUUCAUGUUUAUCAUCAUUCCAUCAUGCCGUUUACCUGGUGGUUUGGUGUGCGCUUUGCCGCAGGGGGUAUGGGGACUUUUCAUGCCAUGCUCAAUUGCAUUGUCCAUGUCAUCAUGUACACCUACUACGGCCUGACUGCUUUGGGUCCCAAAUACCAGAAGUACCUGUGGUGGAAGAAGUACCUCACCACCAUUCAGCUGAUCCAGUUUGUGAUUGUGACCACGCACAUCUCACAGUACUUCUUCCUGCACGACUGCCCCUACCAGUUCCCAGUCUUCAUCUACAUCAUUGGCCUGUAUGGCCUCAUCUUUCUCUUCCUCUUCCUCAACUUCUGGUACCACGCCUAUACCAAAGGCAAGCGGCUGCCGAAGGUGCUGCAGGCCCAGAUGUGGGCCCACCACAGCAACGGUGUCAUGAAUGGCCAUGCAAACCACCACAAAGAUGACUAGUUGGUGGCUCAGAAUGGGGCCAUUUUGCAGUGGACUGAGAUUUGCUCAGUUGGUGUUUUCUACUUGCAUAAAAGACUUUAAAUUAUGACCAAAGUUAUAUUUAAACCCUGACAAAGGGAUUUGGUUUUGUAUUUUAAUAUACAUGUUGCUAAUGUCACAGGAAAGUGUCCUCUAUGCAAACUUUAAUGUAGGGCUUCACCGAUGGCAUGACUGACUCCAUGACCUUGAUCUGCGUUCGCUCUCCAAAAAGAUUCCCCCACCCCCUUUUCUUGGGUUGUACACUACAAAAUCAGGGCUGUUAAUUUCACAAUGGCUUCAUAACUGCAAGACAAAAGUUAAAUGUCACAUGAAUGCAAAACAGGGUUGGGGGGUUAGAUGCCUUUUCCCACCUAUGGCUGGAGUCACAGAUCCCGAUGGUGCCGGUUUCAGUGAAAUGUUCUAAACCAUGACCAAUGAUCCCUGGGAAGUUGCCAGGGGGAUGUUCUUCUGGAGCACAAGGGCAUUGUUUAGAAAAAACAAAAAUGGGGGGGGGGGGGGUCUUUGGAUCAGUGACUGGAGCAUCUGUCUAGGGUUAUGAUCUUGUCUUCAAAGUGAAUGCAACAGUGCUCCUGUGACUGAUGGAGGAUACGACCUGGAGCCUGCUAAUAGUGUGGAUUAGAGCUUUACCGGUCGAAUGAUGCAGUUCCUGUUUACAUCUAAUGUCCCGUUCUCAGUCACUUGUUAACAGUUUAAGAAUUAUGUGACAGUUGUUUAUAUUUUAUAUGUAUUUAUAAUAAAUGUUUGCUGUACUUAG